UUUGGCUGGGGCUGGGUUUGAACCCACCACCUCUGGCAUAUGGGGCCAGCGCCCUACCCCUUUGAGCCACAGGCGCCCUACCCUUGGCCAUGAAUCUAAAAGACACAGUGGCUGCCCAUUUAAAGAGCUUACAGGACAAGCUCAGUGGGAAUAAGGGCCGGCUGGGGCCACCCCUUCCACCCCCCAGAUGCGUAGACUUCCCAGCUUGGAGAGAAGAUGCCCCCAGCCCAUCUCCUCUGCCUGCUCCAAGGACCUGGAGACACAGGGCCCAGGAAGAAGAAGAAGAUGAGGAGGAUAAAUAUGAGCUGCCCCCCUGUGAAGCUCAGCCCCUCAGUCUGGCCCCUGCCCACCUUCCUGGCCCUGAGGAGGACUCCUUAUAUCUGGAUUGCUGUGUCCCCUCAGGCUCAUCCAAGCCAUCGCCACACCUACCUCAGUCCACCACAGCCAGAGGCCUGUUCACAAGUCCCUCCUUCCCCACCCACCCCACCCCCAGCUGCCAUUUCCCACUGGAGGCAACAACAAGCCUGCAGGUGGCCACAAAGAAGAGACCCAUCUUUGGGAGGAAAGAGUGGGGUACACCGUCCAGAGUGGUGCCAGGUCCUCCUGAUCAGGACACCUACCUGGAGUGUGAGCCCAACCCAGUCCCAGUCCUGACUCAGACUCUGAGCUCUCAAGUCCCGAUGCCCCCAGUCCCUCUGCCAAGGACAUCAGUAGUGUCCAGGCCCACCAUAGCUCCCCGGGAAGCUCAGGAUGUAAGAGGCUGGUGGUCAAGGGAAAAGGGAGGGAUUGAGGGAGGUAGGGCAGUAGGCUCAGGGUGGGACUUCAGGCCUGAGCAGCAGGUCUACAGGGUCCAGCAUUUUCUGACUAAACUUCCUGUGUCUCAGGGAGCAGUGGAUGCUGCCUCUAAAGGAAGGAGACCUUCUCUUAACUUUGCAGCCCCUACUGGGUGUACCUCAGCAGCCGAGGACAGCAACCUGCUGGCUCGACCUUGGUACUCAGAGAAUAGUGACCGUCAUGCUGUUGAGAGUGCCCUGCUCUGCUUACAAAAGGAUGGGGCCUACACCGUGCGCCCCAGUUCAGGGCCUCAUGGCUCCCAGGCCUUCACCCUGGCAGUGCUCCUGAGAGGCCGGGUCUUCAACAUUCCCAUCCGGUGGCUGGAUGGCAGGCGCCAGUAUGCCCUGGGCUGGGAGGGCAGGAACCACGAGGAGCUCUUCUCCUCGGUGGCUGCCAUGGUCCAGCACUACAUGCAGCAUCCCCUACCCCUUGUGGACAGAUACAGUGGCAUCCGGGGGCUCACCUGCCUGCUCUUCCCUACCAAGCCCUGAUGCCACAGAGAUGUACACACCCACCUUUGGCCCCAAAGCUUGCUCCCCUGCCCACCCUUCCUUGGGCUAUCUUCCUUUUGGUCUCUCCAGCUCCACCACUCCAGUCCCUCCCAGUCCUUCAUUCUAAUCCCUGCAGACCCCAACAAUGGGCACUGGGAGUGAUUGCCCAGAAAAAAAAAGGAUCCUUGAGACGCCACCCCGUGCUCACCCAGAGCCUGGCACUGGCCUCCCUGCUACAUCCCAGGCCGGGACCCCAUUCCCAGCCUGUCCUUCCUCACAGCUCUGGGUGAAGAUGUGGUGCUGGCCUCCAGAGAAGCAGAGCCUCAGGGCACUGCAGGAGCUACAGUGGACAGCAGAGAGAAUCUUCUCACAUUCUCUCAGGAGUUAGCAUACUCUGGAAGGG